AUGCACCCACUCAUCAAUGCAUCGACGGCCAUUACGGGGCUUGACCUGGGAGCUCAACCGAGGUCAAUCCAGCUCAGACAGCUGCAUUCAGGGAAGCGCGCCUCUAACCAACAAUCAGCGGAGCCCCGACCCAGUGCAGUCUUUAGCUUCGUGUCUGUCGUCGCUGCACUUGUGGAUGUUGAUCGUCUCGCCGUUGGGCUGCCAGUCAUCGCGAUCUUCGAGCAGCCAGUCGUCUCGUCGAGGGCUCUAGGACAACGUCCCGCUGGUCGUGAAAAUACACGAAGCUGCGCAGAUGCCAGUAAGCGAACCAGUCGUCAUGACAGACAUCGAUGGACGAACGGAGCUACUCCGUCUUUCGGUACGAAGAGACGUAAUUCCUCCUGGACAAGCGUGAAUGUCCCAGCACAGAACAAUGGUUUGCUGGUUGAUAUCGAGUUGCUUAUUAACAUCUUCAGUUGGGGUGAUAUAGUAUAUGGACUUGCGAUUCGCACGAACAGGCUCGGGACUACCAUCACACGUGAACUCAGAGGCUGUCCGCUCAAACCGCUAGCUCAUGCUGGACUCGGGUCUGCUACAUCUCGAUGGUGCGGAACUGUCAUCGCGAAGAGGCUUCAGAAGUCCAUACAGUCUGCGCCUAGUUUGAUUUCCAUAGGGACGAGAGAUUCUCAAGUCACGCUUCCUUACGCAGCAGAGGAAGUCCUUCAAACGACAACAUAUCGCAUAAAUUCUCUCGAUAUGGUUCCGGCGGAUUAUAACCCCCGCGCAGCAUCGCAGCCGACAAUCUGGGAUAUUGGAACAGCGCUGGAGCUUCCCCUUCGUCCGGUACAAGAACACCGAGGCAGACCGAGCAAGGGCCAAGUGAACAUCGUUUGUACUGCACUGCAGCAGCACAAUCCCUGA